CACCCAUUUCAUUGCGCUCCGUUUUUCCUUCUUUGGAUUUUUUUUUUUUUUUUUUUUUUAGGAAACAGAAAAUCUUAACAUACUCGGCCAAAGCGCCAAGUCAUCUGGCGCUGACCUGUGGAGUGCUUUGAGACGCUCUACUAUAAUGUUGAGUCGAGUCGAAUCCAAUCGAGUCACAAAACCCGUUUUACCCAUUUUAUCAUGUAAGCCACGUCUUCUGCUAUAGCCUCUACGGUGAACAGUGUUCUUCCUGUGGCAAUGGUUGGUCUUCCAUUAUCAUACGCCGUCGGUUGUCCGCGGUCGCCAUCGGGGUUGAUGAUUUCAGAGUCAAGUGGUAUAUGUACUUGGAGAGCCAGAGCCUUGCUACGCGCGGCACUCGUGGAGGCGACUCCCGUGUCAGCGGGAAGAGAUAGAAGCGGCGGUCAUGCCAUACAGGUCGUGGACGUUGGCUUUCGCUCUGCCCUUUCCGGUAGGGAUCGUACGAACGAUAUGCAAGCCGAGGCUAGGGCUAUGGCUCGUGCAGCCAAUGCUUCCGUAUACAGUCCUGAACUUCUUGCUCUCAAAUACAGCUCUCGGCCUAUCAAGGUUUUGCGGCGGACAUUGGAGAUCUUCAUUGGCCUGGGUACAUUUGUUCUUAAAUUACUGCUUGAUGAAAGGAGCGGUCAUCUUAAUCAGAACAAACGCGUCCGGGCCACCGAACUGAGGAGGGUGUUUACGAGAUUGGGUCCAACUUUUGUCAAAAUCGGCCAAGGGUUGUCGACCAGGCCCGAUAUUUGCCCACCUGAGUACCUCGAGGAGCUUUCUGAAUUACAGGAUGCUCUACCAACUUUCCCGAACGCAGAAGCUUUUUCAUGCAUUGAGAAAGAGUUGGGAUUGCCACUUGACUCUAUUUACUCAUCUAUCUCUUCAUCUCCUAUUGCGGCAGCCAGUCUGGGCCAAGUUUAUAAAGCUCAACUGAGGUGUUCUGGACAGGUUGUUGCUGUGAAGGUCCAACGACCUCGUAUUGAAGAAGCCAUAGGAUUGGAUUUUUACCUGAUCAGAGGUCUGGGUUUUCUUAUAAAUAAUUAUGUUGACAUAAUCUCAAGUGACGUUGUUGCUCUUAUUGAUGAAUUUGCUCGUAGAGUAUAUCAAGAACUUAACUAUGUCCAGGAGGGGCAGAAUGCACGGAGGUUUAAAAAGUUAUAUGCUGACAAGGAAGAUGUUCUUGUCCCGGAAAUCUUUUGGGAUUAUACCAGUGGGAAAGUAUUGACAAUGGAGUGGGUAGAUGGUGUCAAGCUAAAUGAGCAAGAAGCAAUUGAGAAACAGGGGUUGAAGGUCCUGGAUUUGGUAAAUGCCGGUAUUCAAUGCAGCCUUAGGCAGCUGCUUGAGUAUGGUUAUUUUCAUGCAGACCCACAUCCAGGUAAUCUCCUGGCGACGCCAGAGGGAAAGCUUGCUUUUCUAGAUUUUGGGAUGAUGAGUGAGACCCCAGAAGAAGCAAGGUUUGCUAUUAUUGGUCAUGUUGUUCACAUGGUUAAUCGGGACUAUGAAGCUAUGGCCCGUGAUUAUUAUGCUUUGGAUUUCUUGUCUCCAGAUGUGGAUGUUUCUCCAAUUGUCCCAGCACUUCGAAACUUCUUUGAUAAUGCACUUAAUUCAACUGUCAGUGAACUCAAUUUCAAAACAAUUGUGGAUGGCUUGGGUGCAGUUUUAUAUCAAUAUCCAUUCAAUGUCCCGGCAUAUUAUGCACUAAUAUUGAGGUCACUCACUGUACUGGAAGGCUUAGCUCUUUAUGCUGAUCCCAAUUUUAAGGUUCUGGCUGCUUCUUAUCCAUAUUUUGCUAAAAGACUUCUUACUGAUCCAAAUCCCUAUCUCAGAGAUGCUCUAAUAGAGUUGCUGUUCAAAGACGGUAGAUUCAGGUGGAAUAGGCUUGAAAACCUACUUGUUCAAGGACGCAAGGAUAGAGAUUUUUCUGCUAAAGAUGCUUUGCAACCGGUUUUGAAACUAUUAUUGGGUCCUGGUAGUGAAGAGCUAGGAUCUUUAGUUAUCAAAGAGGCUGUCCGUGUCACAGAAGCUAUUGUUCUAGGCAUGAUGAUUGAUACAUACAAUUCCAUCCCUGAUAUUGUGAGGACUCUAGUUUUCAAUGUCAGCACAACUGGACCUCCUAUAAUAAGUGGCAGUGAUCAGGAAAGCAUGCUGGGACUUCGAAAUCAAGUCUUGAGAGUGUGGGGGCUUCUGCGAACUUCGGAAAAUUUUGAUCCAGCCCUUCUCCAACCUAUUUUACAG